AACGAUUCCUUCUUGAACAAUUUUUCAAGAUUGUUAUUUUCAAUGACCUACAGGGUUUGGUUCUUUGUUUUAUUAUUUUUUAUCAUCAAAGUUGAAGCGGAAAAAAUAUCUACAUGGCUUGUUUCUUCUCAAACGAGGCAGCAGUCAACAAAUGAAUAUGUAAUGCUGACACUAUGUCAAGAUUCACUGUGUGAAGAGAAGAUAGACUUGGAAUGGGAAAGUCUCUUCGACUGGCAGGUUUGUACCUUCAUGCCCCAGAUGGAAUCUUAUUUCUGGUUCGAAAAAAAUUCCUAUGGCACAUUUUACAGAAUAUGUAAAGACUGGAUGUGCCUCAACUGUAGUCUCUGUGGUAUGUUCCAAAUUUCUUCUGAUACAUGCAUACCCAUGCCAUUUUUCAAUGCCUAUGGAAGACUAGAGCAAGUUAUAUGGCCUUCAGAUCCUCCUACAGCCAUUUCAACAUUGAUUCCAUCAACAUCGUCACAACCAGAUCCUACAGCGACAGCAACCAUAACAACGAUUCCUUCUUCUUCUGUUGCUUCUUCUUCUCCUUCUCCAAUUGCAACACCCAGCGCAACCAUUCCAUCAACCGACAUUCCAUUGAGUAGUCAUAGUGGUGGCGACCAAAAGAUUGGAAAUCAUAAUGCAACUCAUACUUCGAGUAAAGCCACACCAACUCCAAAACUUAUUCCAACACCAACCACAACAUCAUCACCUCAACAAAGUCAACCUGUGUCUGCUAAGAUUCAUAGCUCUUCAGGAGGGUUGAGUGGUGGUUCGAUUGCAGGAAUAGUGAUAGGCUCUGUUGCAGGGGGAUUGACAGCAAUGGGUAUGACUGCUUUCUUCGUUAGAAGAAGAAGAGCAUUAAGAAAUGUAAGAGCUUUACAGGAGAAUUCUAACCCAAACCUUUCCGUGGAGAGGCAAUAAGACUAUUUCCAUGAAAAUUACUUGUUUCUCUGGUAUGUCAAGUAUAUCCUGCAAGGAACAGGAUAAAAGUGUUUCAUGAUUU